AUGGAGCAAUUACUUUCUGCUCAAUUGCAAAUCCAUGGGCGCAUCGCCCGUACGAUGGAAAAUCUCAAGAAGGCGGGAGCCGCCAAUAUCGGCGUGACCAUGCAGCGUGCGCAGUUGCUGAAUCUAGAAAGGACCUUGAGUGUGGCUGCCUCUGACACGGAAGUCAAGCCCGCUAAUUCCGACAUGAUUUCUCUGCGAAACACGCUGCCUCGGAUUCCUCUGCCUCAGUUUUCCGGGAAGUUCGAGGAUUGGCCGGCCUAUCGUGACCUUUUUGAGUCGCUCGUCAUCACGGAACCGUCACUGUCGAACAUAAAGCGGUUUCAAUACUUAAAGAGCAGUGUGAAAGGUGACGCAGAGCAACUCAUAAUAAGUUUUCCUACCACGUCGGAGAAUUUCGAUCGCGCAUGGACGACCUUGACUGAUCAUUACGAAAAUAAACGGUUACUUCUGCGUUCAUAUCUCUCAGCUUUCACAUCGCUUGGAAGGAUGAAGCACGAUUCUGUCGCUGACAUUCGUCGAAUCUUCAAUCGGAUGAUAACUACUGUCGGAGCGCUGGAAGGAAUCGGACGUCCUCUCACCAAUUGCACGGACCUUUUCGUGCACCUCAUCGUCGAGCUUCUUGACGAUCGAACUAAACAGGAGUGGGAAAAACUGUUUACGAAAAAAUCAGACCCACCUUCCUAUGAGCAGCUGCGUGACUUUCUCGAGAAUCAGGUGCUGAAGCAAGGUGUGCUCCGUCCCAAGGCCUCACAAGGCUCUUCCGGGAAGUCCUCGGAGAAGAUCACUCGUUCGUUGCGUACUCAGCAGCAGCCUAAGCGUGGAGCGGAGUCCAACCGGAAUUGCCCUAUCUGCAAUCAGGAACACUAUAUUAUGAUUUGUGAGCACUAUAAGUCACGAACACCGCAAGAGCGUAAGGAAAUUGUGAAUACUCAUCGCCUGUGCAUGAACUGUCUAGAACGUCACAAACUCACGGAGUGCCCGUCAACGAAGCACUGCGGUAAAUGUACAGCUCGGCAUCACACGACGUUGCACGAGGCGUUUGUCGAUGCCACUACAAUUUCCGCUGUUGCAAUCCACGUGACAGAUCGGCCGACGAUUGAGUGCACACCUGUGUUGCUCGCGACCGCGCGCGUUCUAGUGACCGAUAGUAGUGGUGCUCUGCAAACAGUUCGAGCAUUAGUUGAUCCCGGGUCGGAAACGUGCCUCGUGGCGGAGUCCUUGGCGCAGCGGCUGCGUCUGCCUCGCACACCAACAGCAGUGGCGAUCUACGGUGUCGGCGGCCAGCAGACCGGUGUUUUGCGAGCACGAGUCUCUCUUUCGCUCACGUCGCGUGUCACUGCCGUAUCCAUGAAGAUCUCCGCUCUCGUCUUCCCGCGUAUCACGGACUACGGUGGUGUUGCUGAUCGACGCAGCUGUGCAUGGGCUCACUUACAGGGCCUUGAACUUGCAGAUCCUGAGUUUUACAAUCAGGAUCCUGUAGAACUUUUACUGGGCGCAGACGUGUACGCCUACAUUGCGUUGUCCGGCAUACGGAAGGGCGGUUCAUUUGAGCCCAUCGCUCAAAACACUCAGAUCGGCUGGGUUCUAUUGGGCGCCGCAGGUGUUAGCAACGCUUGUUCAAUCGGCUUGGUCACCUCCUUGUGCUGCUCACCGGCGGACGAGCUGAACUCCCUGGUGCGUCGGUUUUGGGAGCAAGAAGAGUUGCCGCAAGCGUCGGCACCGUGGUCUCUCGAGGAUCCCGAGUGUAAAGAACACUUCCAGCAAACACACACACGAGACUCCACUGGUCGUUAUCAAGUGCGCCUUCCAGUGCGAUCAAGCUUAGUUGAUCUGUCGGCCACUCGUCGCAUGGCCGUAAGAAUGCUCGCCGUGAUGGAACGUCGCUUUGUCCGCGAACCGACAUUCCGCGAUCGCUAUUGCAACUUCAUGCGCGAGUAUCUGUCGCUCGGUCACAUGUCCUUCGCCGUGCCAUUGUCGUCGGACGAAGUGCGAGUGUGUUUUCUACCGCAUCAUGGUGUGCUCAAGGGAACAGGUAGCGAGGAGAAGAUCCGGGUCGUCUUCAACGGAUCGGCGAAGAUCCUUGAAGGGAGCUCCUUGAAUGACAGUCUACUGCCCGGGCCAAAUCUAUUACCUGCUUUGUCGGACGUGAUUUCUCGCUGGCGGUGUCAUCGUUUCGUUGUCUCCACUGACAUCGAGAAGAUGUACCGCCAAAUCAGGGUACAUCCAGAAGACCGCAACUUACAGCGGAUUCUAUGGACAGAAAAUGGACAGCCAUUAGAGUUCCGUCUGAACACCGUUACGUAUGGUCUUGCCUGCACUCCAUACCUGGCGAUUCGAGUGCUGCGACAGCUGGCUGACGACGAUGGAAAGGAGUUCCCCUUGGCUGCGGAGGCACUGAGGCGAGACACCUACGUGGACGACAUCCUUUCUGGAGCUGCGUCGUUGACAGAGGCAAGGACGCUGACGGAUCAGCUGAGUAUCAUAGCAGGAAGCCUUCCAACAAUUUUGUUGCCUCCUGAAGGUCAACUGGUCUUGGGCCUGCGUUGGGAAUCGAAGAGCGACUGUUUCGCAUUUACCGUGCAUACGUCAAUCGAGGAAUCGUUAACAAAACGAUUGCUCCUUUCGAACGCGUCUCGCUUGUUUGAUCCACUGGGUUGGUUGGCGCCAGUUACAGUUCGAGCCAAGCUGAUCAUCCAAUCAGCAUGGUUGCAGCAACUCGGGUGGGAUGAACCAUUGCGUGACGAGGAGGCGGCAGCAUGGACUUCCUUGAGGGACCAACUUCCCUUACUAGAGGACCUACGAGUGCCACGAUGGAUGCACGUCGACUCGCCAGGAGUCAAAGUCGAAAUUCAUGGCUUUUCAGAUGCCUCGGAGCGAGCUUAUGGUGCAGCCAUAUACCUCCGGACACUCAGCGGUGAAGACAUCACCACCUCCUUGGUGAUGGCAAAGACCAAGGUCGCACCGUUGAAACGAGUGUCACUGCCACGGCUGGAGCUGUGCGCAGCGUCCAUUCUCGCCAAGCUUGCUGCUCACGUAGCUUCCACGCUCGGCUUAGUGGAUGCCGAGACACAUCUAUGGACGGACUCCACCGUGGUUUUGGCCUGGAUCCGAGGACAUCCUGCAAAAUGGACAACCUAUGUGGCCAAUCGAGUGGCAGAAAUUCAGAGGACAAUGUCAAAGGUCACUUGGCACCACGUACCUGGGCGAGAUAAUCCUGCUGACUGCGCUUCGAGGGGGCUCUCACCACGUGAGAUGCUUUCUCACUCGUUAUGGUGGCGUGGCCCGAACUUCUUAUGUAACGAAAAGUCGGAAUGGCCUUUGGAACCCGGCUCUUCGUCCUUGAAGAACUUACCGGAACAACGGACCGGACCAUGUCUCGUUGCGACAGGAUUGAAGGAACCGGAGGAGCUGACUCGAUUCUCUUCGUGGCAACGAUUGAUCCGCGUCACCGCAUGGAUUCUACGUUAG